AAGAAUGAUAUAUGCAUGAUUCAUAUUCGGUAGUGCCGCCCAGUUGGGUCAAGCUUUUCGCCGUCCCCUUCCAGGAAAAAACUAAAAUGCCACCUCUCCGGGUAAAGUUAAACCCGGGACGUUUUCCGACCCCACCCCCCCCCCUUUCAUACGCCACUGUAUGUGGUUCAGUGUUAAUUGCAGUCGCAUCUUUAAUACUCCACAAAAGAAGUAUUAAGAAGGGAAGAAAACAAUGCCCAAUGUCAAAAUGUUACUGGCGGGAAAUUUCAUCCUUUAACAACGUUACCGGCGAGAACUUUUGCCCUGUCAAAGGGUUGAAGGCGGGAAAUUUUGCCCUGUCAAAGGGUUGA